AUGUGCAGGUUUUUACUUUACAAAGGAAAAACUUCGAUUCAAUUAUCGCACCUACUUACACGACCAGCUCAUUCGAUUAUAAAUCAAUCAUUUGAUUGUAGACUACGAUUGGAUACAAGGCGCACAAUUAACGGUGACGGUUUCGGCGUAGGAUGGUAUGAGAAUUCAGAUCCCAAGAUACCAAAUGAUGAUACACCGUGUAUAUUUACAUCUGUAACACCAGCAUGGAAUAAUCAAAAUUUAUCGAGACUUGCGGAGAAAAUUAAGAGCCCGUUGGUUUUUGCUCAUGUAAGGGCUUCGACUUCUGGUGCUUUGUCUGAAACUAAUUGUCAUCCAUGGCAAUAUAAUAGAUUAAUGUGGAUGCAUAAUGGGAAUAUAGCAGACUUUCACAAGAUUAAAAGAGUUUUACAGCAAUCAUUAAGAGAAGAAAUAUUCUUAUUUGUACAAGGAAACACGGAUUCUGAAUGGGCUUUUGCAUUAUUCCUAAAUAAUUUGAACGAUCCAGAGAAUGGAACAUUUGAUCAUGAAACGCUAAAAGUUGCAAUGUUAAAGACCAUUGAACAAUUAAAUACAUGGGCUGAAGAAGCCGGGAUAACCGAGCCAUCAUUAUUAAAUUUUGCAGUAACAGAUGGAUGUUCCGUUGUGUGUACUAGAUAUAUUAAUAACAGGACUGAAGAGGCAGCUUCUUUAUAUUUUUCUUCAGGAACUAGUUUUAUGGAAUAUAAACCUGGACAUUAUAGAAUGAUCAAAGCAGAUAAACGUGAAGAUAUUGUAUUAGUUGCUUCAGAACCACUCACAUUUGAAAAAGCAGAUUGGUUAACGAUACCAACAAAUACAUGUUUAGUAAUAACGCCAAAAUUGAAUGUAUUAUUAUUUCCUAUAAAAGAUCAAUUUUACAAUCCCGAACGAACGAAAAAAAGGACAUUUCCCACUACAACUGCAAUAUAA